AUGUCUCAAGCGACAGAAAUACGUCCAAACUAUCCUCUUGAAUUGAAAUUGGAUGAGUUAAUUACUCUUUUGAAUCUUCCUAAAAGCGGAAUUCAUGUAGAUGCAUGGCGGGCAUAUUAUGUUGCUUGUUGGAAGAAAUCUCGGGACCUACACUAUCCCUUUGAGCUUCGUGUUGUACAAGAUUAUUGGGAAGAAGAACGAGAUAGUGUCAAAAUUGCAUAUGCUAAAUUAGCAGAUGAAGCUAUGAAUUUUAGUCCAAGUCCUAACAUUGCAGCUCAAAUAUCUCAUUCUAUCAAUGAAGUGCAGCAACAGUCUUCUACAAAUAUGUUAGCUGGCUUCGAUUUCUAUAAUGGCAAUGUAGAAAUAUGUCAAUAA